AUGCGAAAAAGAGAGGCAGAAGAUAAACCGCCUAAAAGGCUAAAACUGGUGAUCGAAGAAGUUGGACCAUCGGUCGCUAUCGCAUCGUUGACAAAUUUUUUGGGAUUUAUGCUUGGCUGUAUAGCACCAGUGCCAGAAAUACGAAUCUUUUGCUUUACCAUAGCAAUGUCAAUGCUUUUUGAUCUGCUCUAUCAGGUAGCCACAAAAUCUGACCAUCUUAGCAGACACAUACUUUUUACAAUUUUUGCUCCAGUUUUAAUACUAUCAGGACGGUGUACAAAAUAUAAAGCGUUAUCCAAGGAGAACAACUUAAAGAAAACACUUGGCAAAGUAAUAAAAGUAUACUCAAACUUUGUGUCUUCAUCGAUUGGUGAACUGUUUGCUGCAAUAUCAUUGUGUAUUUGUAUCAGCCUGUCAAUCUAUAGUGCAAAUUUGGUGCAAGCAACUAUGGACGGCAAAAUGUUACUGCCACCAGAUUCGCAAAGUGUUGAAGGAAUAGACAUAAUUAGCGAAACUGUACGCGUAUGGCCUGACUUUCUCAGUAUCAAUUAUGUUGUUCGAAAACCACCUGAUUUCUCAGAUCCUGCACAAUAUCGAAAAUUCCUUGGAAUGAUAGAAUCACUCGAGCAGUCUAAAUAUGCAAUUGGGAGAGAGGGGAAUAUGGCUUGGAUAUUUGACUAUCUACGGUUUAUGGCCAACCCAAGUAUUUCUGUUUAUGACAUUUUCUGGUCUCCAAAAGUAUCUCCACCUGAUGAGGAAACAGCAAGAAAGAACGGUAGGCAGUGUUUGAAUGCUAUGUUAGAACCAUACAAUGCCUGGCAGGGCGGAGUUCACUAUGAAAAUGAUGGUAACAGGACAGUAAUUAAGGAGAUGUUACUGAUGAUUGGUUAUAAAGGUACUCACUCGUUGAAGGACAAAGUACGAUUAGUUCCGAUGUGUCGUAAGGAAGCCAAACGCUUUCCAGAGUACGACAUGGUACCAUUCGACACAGAUGCGCAAAUGGUGGACGUUAUUCUUAACGUUCCGCAUAUUACAAAAAGGACAAUGGAAUAUAUCGUUGUUGCUUUUUGCAUCACAUUCAUUUUAUUUUCGCAAAAUUUGGCCACAUCGAUCAUUGCAACAGCUUCAGUUGGUUUCAUCUGUUGCGCUAUUGAUUCGGUCGCUAAAAUAAGUCGUGUUAUUGGCUUUAUGCGCUUGUGGGGCUAUCAAUUAGAUCCCCUAACAAUGGUGGCAGUGAUUAUGACUGCUGGUCUAGGAGUCGACUUGACUGUACAUAUCGCUUUUCAUUACCUUCGUGUAAGAAGGCAGAAAACCGUUGAAGACCGAAUGUACUUAACUUUCCAAAAUUGUGGACUUUCAACUUUAAAGCUCUACAAACGUCUAGCCGGAAUUUCAACGUUGUUAGCAAUGAUUCCAGUAUUAUCUUGCCCAGUUGGCAUAUACGUAAUAAUUGCGAGGGCAUUCGUUCUUGUGACUAUUAUAGGCCUUACUUUUGGCCUGUUUAUUGUGCCAGCUACAUUAGGCAGUUUACCUCAGUCAUUGUUUGGUAAAAACUUUUUCAUCACCAAAGAAAAAGACGAGGAUGUUAAAAACACUAAUGGUGCACAAAACACGUCACAUACAGACAAUGCGUAUCAAUUGUGCAUCAUUGAUACCAGCUUAUUCCUUGUUGUUACCUAUCCAGUCUAUACUAAUCAUUCGUCAUAG